AUGCAAAACGUUAAUUAAAUUCAAAUAACAUUGAAAUUCAGAUAAGACUAUGCUUAAAAAUAAGGAGAGCCAGCGAUAAAAAAAUAAUUUUGAACGCUACUCUAUUGCGGCGAUUUGACAGGUCAGCUUCGAGCCACUUUUUAGCUUUCCGAGUAGCGUAUUUUCAUUUUAUUUUGUGUUAUCCUUUCAUUUACGCGUAAUAAAUAACAUGUAUGUAGUUGUAAUAGUAGUGUGAUUUGUUUAUUAGACUAUAUAUAAGUGCACUUACAGUGUUACAUAAACAGUAGAGGGCUAAUCGUUUCGGCAAUCCUGAUGCAUAUAACUACAUAGUACGUCAGUGAACGAAUGGUGGCAUUAAGAUAAUGGAUGUGGAUGCUCCUAACAUAUUAAAAAGGUGCAGCAGUGCACCGUUAAUCAAUGAGGCAGCCUCUACGGUGGCCACAUCGCCCACGACGAACGUAGCUCCCAGGAAUACGUCGAUCUUCAGCAUGUUCUCAAAUAACAACCUGACGCGCACGCGCAGACAUAGCGGCACUUUCGGACCUGUCACCUCACCAGUCAACGUAACGAGCUCGUGGGCGCGGAUGGCUCCCCGCGUCAACCAGCUGCGCGCCGAGGAGUGCGCUGACGUCAGCAACACGCGUGAGGUCGCGCACGAGAGGGAGAUCCAUACCGCCAUGCAGAUGGGCCAGUCCUGCGAGGACCUCACCCUAGUGGGCGGACUAGCCAACUCUCCUACUAGAAUACCUAGGUUUUCUCCCGUGGUGUCGCCGUCGCCCACGCGGAAGUACACGACGCGGCGGAGCCUGUCGCCCAUCGCGAUCCGCGCGUCCAGCUUCAGCCCGGUGAGCCGGCCCUCCAUGCUGCCGGGCAAGCGGCGCUGCGACGAGGCGGACUCGCCGCUGUCCAAGCGCAUGUGCACGUCGGAGCGGCUGACGCCGUCCACGCCGGGCACGCCCGACUCCGACUCGCUGGAGUGCACGUUCCGCCCCGUGUCGCCGCGCGCGCAGCCCAUGAACGAGUGCUCGCACGAGUCCACCGACGUCCAGGAGAACCACAAGUCGUCUAACCCUAGCUAAUAGUGUCUCAUCUGAGUGUUUCUCAGUUCGAGUUGACGGGUUUGCGUGAAGAUCUUUUUAUUAUUGUAUCGCUCUUGCCAACGUUCCCGGAUUAACAGUCCAGUUAUUUAUAAAAUGGAUGUAAAUCUUUAGCAUCUAGACUUAGUAGCUUUUAUAAAUUUACCACAUAAGAUCUGGUUUUAAUAAGAAUAUUUACGCAAAGUCGUCAACAAACCACGGGUUUUAUUGGUUUACGAUACUAAAGCAUCUCUUAACAACGUAUGUUAUAGUAUAGAAAGCGAUUAUAAACCUAGUGUAAUGUUCAUAGGGUUCAAAUUUCGUGUAUUUGUUCCGAUACAGUAGCCUACCACGUUGGUUCCUAACGAACUUGAAAUUAUUAACGUAGUUUUAUAGGAACGAACUGUAAAACGCUCUAAUCGACACUUGGGUUAUUCAGGGCAUCACUAUCAUCAUAUUGGGCCAGUCACGUUAGUUGUCGUGUUCAUCUGCUCUGAAACAAGGGUCGUGUGAGGCGGUCUUACGCGAGUGCCCUAUUGUUAGCCAAAGCAUCCAAAACUUUAUUGUAAAUAUAAUUAGAUGCGUUCACAUGUAUAGAACGCGUAAUGUAUAUAAUUUAUGUUUAAGUUAGUGUAGUUACACUCGAAGGCGUGUAGGUAUUAUAGCAGGACGCGAUGUACUCGUGUAGUUUCGCUGUAGUCAUUGGUAUUAAGGGGGAUAUGUUCCGUGUAUGAUUACGCAAUCUCAUUCAAUUAAUUGAUUUUUUUUAUAAUUCUUUAAGAAUUACAUAAUUCUAUCAUAUCAUGUACAUAAUGUUUUAUAGAAAUUAUCUCCUGGUAGCUUGUAAUCUGUAGUCUCCUAAAGAAAGUAGGUAGGUGUGCCAGAUAUUCAUAGGCAGUCUUUGAUUAGUGAUUUAUAAUAAAAAUAUAUUCUGACAAUAACUUGUGCAAGCAUAUACGGAACAUAUCUUUUGAUAGCUUGAUUUGCCCUUGUUGGCAAAUAUAAUGCAGGUUUUAGUAGGCGAAGUUGUAAGCUGGUGUUUUGGACGAUUCUGAUGGAGCUUGUGUCGAAUAUUUCUGUGAUUUGAGGGUAUUUGUGAAACGGCUCGCAUUACUCUGGUGACUCCGAAAAUAUUGAUGAUCUGCUAAAGAAAACAUUUUGCCACUUAAAAAUAGAAAUAGAUGGUGUAGACAUGCCAUUGAUAAAGUAUAUAGGUUUUGUUUAUAUAUCGAAGUGUGAUUCUCCCGAUAUUUCAUGUUAUUUUGCACAAAGUUUUAAUUGUAAUAUUUUGCGCUGGAAAAUAUGCGAGCUGGGUAGUAAUGAUUGAAUUUAUCCGCCGAUUGUAUUUAAGUUUAACCAAAUGUCGCUAUUACUGACGAAUAUGAGAACGUUCUUCUGUUACACUAAAGUCUAUAAGGCAAGUCUGAAGGUAGCCAAACCGUUAUGGUAUACCAGAGAGGUCUUUCUAUUAAGAUCAUCGAAAGUAACAUUUUUACUACUGUUAACUUAAAUCUUUUUAGUAGCUAGUCUAAAUGGUCUAAGUCACCACCUUCGUAGAUCCACAUAGAUACAAGUCAAUAUCAAAAAGCCCUCUAAAGCUGUUAAGGAACAUGGCAUUCGUGAUUCGACUCAGGUGAUUUCUUUUGAGAUGCGCUAUAAAUGUUUGGUUUUUCAAUGCUGUAAUCCAGGUUAAAAUACCUCAGUACUUCAAUAGCCUAUUCAAACAGUUAUUUUCAAUGUAAAAGAUCUCAACUUUUCAAAGAGCUUGGGCCUAUAAAGCUAAUAUUCUUUGGCCACUAUUCGUAUAGCAGCCAUAGUAACUGUUUUGUUAACCAUUACAUUCACUUUCCACAAACCCUUAUAAAUUCGUUUAGAUUUUAAUUAUAGGUGUUUAAAAUUUGUAAAUAAUUAAUUUUAUUUAUUCCGGCUGAUCUGCCAGUUUUAGUGCAAUAUGUUUAGGCUCUGUGGUACAUCUUAACGCGUAUGGCCUCAUAUGCCUUAUAUAAUGUUUCAAUAGGAAAUGUGAUCUAUAUUAUUUUAGCUAUAGGUGGUCUAACUUCUAUGCAUCUUAGAUCUAUGCGAAUUGUAAUAAGUUCAGAAAGCGGAGAAAGAAACGACUGCUUCGAAUCUGCACCGAAGUGGUGAAGGCACAUUUAUGGUGGAAAAGUUGUGAUUUCAACACUGGUAAUAUGAUAUGCACGUCACGAUUCAACGUAGUUUGAAAGUCAGUAUAGAUUUAUUCACUUCAGUUUUACAGCUAGUACUGAGAAAUAGAGAAUAGUGUGUAUGAGGUUCUGGGUUACUUAAUAACUAUGGAAAUAUGAACUUUUAUAUAAAGCAACUUUGGUGCAGAUUUUGCAAACAGCCAGUAAACUUGUAAUGCUUGUCUUUAAACAACGUCAGUGCUAUGUUAAUCAAUUUAAGAAGGCGUCCACUGAUAUGAUUCAUCUCAAUAAUUGUAAAUACGUUCAAAUUGAGCCAUGGCGACAUGAAUAAUUAAUUGAAUAUAUAUUGUGAUAGAUAUUUGAUGAAUGAAAUGUUAUUUUUGUAACAAAACUAAUUGCUAGUUGACGGAAAUGAAUCGUUUGUCUUGAAUUACCUCACGGUUGCUAUCGUGACCAAGGGGUGUUACGAUGAGCUGAGGAUUACCAAAGUUUACACUGAUUUGUAAUACAACGGCAUCAAAACUUUUAGAAAUGUCAAAUUGAAUUGCCAGCUUUUUGAUAACCACAAUCUGUAGGUAAUGUAGAUUUUUUUACUGAAGCCAUCGUAAAGCCCCUGUUGAUGCAUUUUGUUAAUAUAGUUUGUGCUAUGUAUGUAAGUUAUACCAACGUUUAUGCCCGGCAUCUUGUCCCACGAGCGUGUUUACCUAUCGAAGUAUAAGUAGGUAUUGAUUCGUAAUUUUUUGUAUGUAUUAGUCAAUACAGGUUUGACUACUGGAAAAACCAUUUUGUUUUCAAGUGUGAUUAAAUCACAACAUGAAUAAU